GAAAGACAGAAUCUCUCUCACACACAUGCAAACAGACUGACAGUGCGAAUAAGUGAGAGUGAGUGAGAGUGAGUGAGAGUGAGAAGAAGAAGUACUUUCCUUGAGGGUGAUGAAGUGUCGGUCUCGACGGCCAACACGUGAUGGUUUCCUCGGUGCUCAUUCACUGGUUGGAUGGAUUCCAGACUGCAAAGUAUCAAGGUCUUCUUCUCACUCGGCCGAACGAACGAACUAGACUUCAGCUGGAUAGGGAGAAGGAGGACUUAUUAGAGAGGAGGCAAUACCUGCGUGCUCAUGCGGACUAUGGUGGAAGGGAUGCGGCAAAAACAGUGCUGAGAGAAACAGUGACACUCACCAGUCUUGUGGUCUCGGUUACUGUUGGGCAGCUGCUUCACUCAGCAUUCCUUCUUCUUCUUCUUCUUCUUCUUGUGGCUUUCAAUCUAUCACAUCGGCCAGUUCGGGAGUUAUAUGGGAGGGGAGGUAAAGCACCUUGUGGGUCACGAGUCUCCGAAUGAGGAUCAGGUUCCAACGACGUUCGAAUUGAAGGAGUAUGGGUAUUUGGCGUUGGCUAGGGGCUUGGGUUCUGGUCUUUACGAAGCAGCGGGGGGGCUUAGUAACCAAGCCUCGGGCGGUUUAGAAAUUCUUGUUGUGCAGAAUGGGGAGUUGGAGUCGGGAAUUGAAGACGAUGUCGGGGGUCUUCGCCAAUCUUCCAUGGAUUUGGAGCCUUACACACUCGAUAUUAGCGCUAUUAAAGAAGCCAAGGAUAUAGCAAUAGGAAUCGUAAAAGCGUAUGACGCAGAAGACGCUCUUCACUUGUUUCUCAAGGAUGCUGAGGACGAACAGUUGAGGAAAGAAGCUAUGGCGGCCGUCUUACCGACUUCUGAGUUUGCAGUGCUAGGUUGAACGUAAAUUUAGUAGAGCUUCGCGGCAGCAGCGUGCCUUGCGAACUUUCUAGGCAGCAAUGCUGGAAAAUAUCAAUGAAAGUUGAAUUCACUCUCGUGGACCGUUCAACAGGAAGUAGCGGUUCAACUGAAGAGAUGAUAUGGAAUUUUCAAUAUUGAGAGUCAGAAAGUAUGAGAACUAUUUGAAUA